AUGGACGUUUUAAAUUGCGACAACAUCGCGGGGGUUGUGGUGAUGAGCGCGGACGUGUCCAUCGAGUGUGUGUCCACAGAGUACAAGGCCCUCAGGGUCUUCUCGGUUGUGGGUCUCCUCAUCUACACAUUUGCCUACAUGGCAUUCGUGGUCCUUAUGAUGUUCAGCCUCUUUCGAAGGCAGGCGUUCUCCGAUCCCUCCAACAUACGCCGCUUUGGCUUCCUGUACACCAAAGUUGAGCUGGACUACCUGUGGAUGGAGGUGAUAAGCCUCGCCGUUCGCAUCACCUUCGUGGCGGUGUCCGUGUUCAUCGGCGACACCCUGUCGGCCGCCGCCUCCCUCGCCGUGGUCACCAUGCUGUGGCUCCUGCUCCACGUCUACUCGGCCCCCUACAUUCAGUCAGAGCUGGACGUCCUGCAGAGCUUCCUGGUCGUCUCCCUGCUGGCGCUGGCCUUCGGGGGCCUCAUGUUUUUCAACCCUAAACUGGGGGCCGGGAAGCGGCGCGUCCUGGAGAAAGGCAUCCUUGCCGUUCUUGCCUUGAUGUGGGUGUCCUUCUGCGCCCUAUUCGUAAAGGAGAUCGUCGGGAAGGUGCAAAUACUGGAGCCCCGCACCGGGCCCUGGCUCCGCGGCGCCGGGGUGCCCAUCAGCACCGAGCUGUACGACACAUUCAAGGCGGGAUUCAUCUACAGGGCGCUGAAGAACGCUGACGCCGAGCUGCUUAUGGACUGGGAGGAGCUGUCUCAGAUGCUGGCGGACUGGAUGAGCAACGACUCGUUCACGUCGUACCUCUCGCUGGAAGUUGUGGCAAGGUUCUGGAGGAAGCUCGUGGGGGGGUUUCCUGAGAUCGUGGAUUUCCUAGCCAUCGCCGACGAGGAGUCCCUGACACACUUCAGGGAAUUCAUUGAAGUACUGUACAAGGACUUCUACGUCAAGAAGCACGUCCAGUCGCGCAGUCUGCACGGCCACCUGAACUGGAAGGACAGGGGGCCCAUGGCUCUGUGGCUGGCGAUGGCGCCCAUCCAGGACCGCGCGUUCUUUGCUGGGUUCAUGACGGAGGCCUUCAAGCGCGUGCACGGCGCCCAGGCGGAAGCAUCGCUGAAGGCAAGGAUGCGUUCUCAGCUGUCGAAAAUUCUCGACUGCUGCAUGUGA